GCGAAGCGUAGGUUCAGGAACACUCCGGACUCCUCCGCCGCCGCGUCCCCCGUCUCUCUCGACGACGCCUCGACUGACGAGAGGAGGAGACCUCUCCCUCCCAUAAAAGGGGGAGGACGAGGGCGAGGAAGAGGAGGAGGCUUGUGCUGCUUCGUCUUUUCCCGCCGCCGCGCACCGACGCCUGAACCAACUGUCUCGCCGUGAACCCUCGCCGGAGUUGGUAGAGGAGGAGAUGGCCAAGGACGGAGGAGGGCCCGACUGGAACGGCCUGCUCAAGUGGAGCCUCGCCCAUGGCGACGGCACCGCCAAGCCGCGCUCGCUCAGUGAGGAGGACAAGAAAUGGUUUAUGGAGGCAAUGCAAGCUAAUACAAUGGAUGUUGUUAAGAGGAUGAAGGAGAUCACCCAAGUGAUGAAAACUCCAGAUGAUGUACUACAGUCUCAAGGUGUGACUCCAGAGAACAUCGAAGAUAUGUUGGAUGAGUUACAGGAGCAUGUUGAAUCCAUUGACAUGGCAAAUGAUCUGCACUCUAUUGGUGGAUUAGAUCCCCUACUUGGUUACUUGAAAAAUUCACAUGCUGGCAUCAGAGCAAAGGCUGCAGAGGUUGUGAGCACGAUUGUGCAAAAUAACCCCAAGAGCCAGCAACUUGUCAUGGAAUCUAAUGGCCUGGAGCCACUGUUGACAAACUUCAGUUCCGAUGCAAGCACGAAUUCACGCACAAAAGCUCUUGGAGCAAUAUCAUCUCUAAUUCGUCAUAACCAGCCAGGAGUUGCUGCAUUCCGCCUGGGAAAUGGCUACUCUGCACUGAGAGACGCUCUUGGUUCUGAUGAUGCUAGACUUCAGAGGAAAGCUCUCCAUCUCCUACAGUACCUACUGCACGACAACAAGGCUGAUAGGAGUGUUGCUACAGAGCUUGGUCUUCCAAAGCUGAUGAUGCACCUGGCAUCGAGUGAUGAUUCUGGAGUCCGGGAGGCUGCCUUAGGUGGUCUUCUCGAGCUGGCGCGGGACAAUACAUCCGGUGCUGGAAACGUGCUACCUGACCAAGACAAGCUGAAAGAUGUCCUUAAGAGCCGAAUCGAAGGCAUCAGCACAAUGGAUGCCGACGAUCUCUCCGCACAUCGUGAGGAGCGACAGCUUGUGGACUCCCUCUGGAAGGAGUGUUACAACGAGCCGUCGUCUCUCAGGGAGAAGGGUCUUGUUGUGCUUCCUGGAGAGGAUGCACCUCAACAGCCACCACCGGAUGUCGUUGGCAGCAUGUUUGAGCCGCCGCUUCGCGCUUGGGCAGCAUCAAGGCCACCUCCCAAAGAAGAUUCAGAGUCUGAGAGCGCCAAGAAGGAUCCACCAUUGCUGCUAGGCCCUGGACCGUCUUCCUAGACUUGUUGGGAUUGCUUAGUUUUUCGCUUAUGCAAUUCUCUAGACUUAACCUUAAAAAGAUCCUACAUAUUUGCAAUCUGCUGAAAUUCUCUGCAUUUUAAUCCUGUCCUGAGCUCUUGGAUGUAUUGAGGUUUUUGGAUAUCUGUAAUCUGUGAUGCUAUUAAAAUACGAAGAUGAAAGAUACUUAUCUCUUCCACGAUUUGAUUUUGA